UCGAUAUGAUGGCAUAAACUCGAUUAUCAUUGGCCAUCUAUUGUCCGGGAACGCGGAAAAUUGAGUUGUAAACGAGGCGCGUGCUUGAAGAAAAACGCAGGACUGAAAACAAGCGUGCACCUUUUCAGCACCGAUCCUCGUGGAUAGCGGUACAGGUCCAUUCCACCAAUUAAUCAGACCAGACAAGCGUGGGGAUACGAGCAGCAUCUGUUUCUUCGAUAAUCAUAGAGCUACCACAAUUUUGUUAUUCAGCCAAGCGGCUGCCGUGUUCACUGGGUAGUAGCUGUUGAGUUCGAUGAGCGGAGGAUUCGAAGCAAAACGGCACAAGCUUUGUUUGCCCUAAGGGCUGCAAGUGCAAGGAGCAAUAGCUAAUACUGCUACCAGUAUUGUUUUUAGAAGGGAAGAAACUGUGGUGCUCAUUGUGAUUCAGCGGGUUCUUGGAUCGAAAGGGACCAGGAAUAACGGCCUGCAAAUGAAGGGAAGCAAGUGGAAAUCGAGUAAUUAAUCGACCAUUAAAAGAACAGCCGUAAUCGUGGUGUUUGAUUUUUUUAGCCACAUUGCUUGUUCGUGUAGCUGCACUCUAUUGUGUGAGCAUCUUUGUAUUAUUCCCGUCACUCUCUGACCAGGAUCCCGCGCUCUCGUUCGCCCGCCCGCCAUCCACUCGGCCACAGCUGUGUGUAUUCGCUACUAUUUUCAAUCGGCACGACACAGUUUGAUAUAAAUAUGUGUUCUCGGGUUUGGUUUGUGACCGACCGGCGUAUCCACCAGGAGUAUCCGCAAGUUCAGAUCCUUCGGGCUCUGAAACAGCGAUGCGCCGAGGAGGAUGUUGAAUUCCGCUCUCUUCUCAUGGACCAAAUCGUGCUCACCAUCAGCGAGGGACAAUUAGGUCUGCGGGUGGAGCAGGAGGUGGUGACGUCCUACCCUCAGGUGGCGGUGGUGCGGGUGCCCACCCCCUGGGUGCAGUCGGACAGCGACAUCACGGUUCUGCGCCACCUGGAGAAGAUGGGCUGCAGGCUGGUCAACCGGCCCCAGGCCAUCCUCAAUUGCGUCAAUAAGUUCUGGACCUUCCAGGAGCUGGCCGGCCACGGGGUCCCCCUCCCGGACACCUUCUCCUACGGAGGACAUGAGAACUUCCGCAAGAUGAUCGACGAGGCGGAACCACUGGGCUACCCCGUGGUGGUGAAGAACACUCGUGGUCACAGAGGAAAGGCAGUGUUCCUGGCCAGGGACAAGCACCACCUGGCUGACCUGAGCCACCUGAUUCGCCACGACGCUCCCUACCUCUUCCAGGAGUACGUGAAAGAGUCGCACGGCCGUGACGUCCGGGUGGUGCUGGUGGGCGGCCGCGUCAUCGGCUCCAUGCUGCGCUGCUCCACUGAUGGACGCAUGCAGAGCAACUGCUCCCUGGGCGGCGUGGGGAUGAUGUGCCCGCUGAGCGAGCAGGGCAAGCAGCUGGCGGUGCAGGUGUCCAACAUCCUGGGCAUGGACGUGUGCGGCAUCGACCUGCUGCAGCUCAACGAUGGCUCGUUUGUGGUGUGCGAGGCCAACGCCAACGUGGGCUUCAUCGCCUUCGACCAGGCGUGCGGCAUGGACGUGGCGGGCAUCGUGGCCGACCAUGCCCUCUCGCUGCUGCCCAGCCGCCUCACGCGCAAGAUGUCGCUGCUCUCGGUGGUGUCCAGCGCCAGCGAGACAAGCAGCGAGCCCGAGGUGUGCCCGGCAGUCAGCAGCGUGCUGCCCGAGGCCGUGUGCAACAUGAGCGUGGGCUCUACUUCUAGCGAGAGCGAUCCAGAGCUGGCCGAUACCACCCCGCAGCCCCCGAGCCGCCAAGCUGGCCCCAGCCCGGUGCUACCCAACCUCCCCGACCCGGCCUACAACUUCAACACCCUCCUUGCCAACGAGAUCAAAUUAUUGACUGAGUGAGCUGGACACAGCCAAGGCGCACACUCACACACUCACACACACUCAAACAUACAGACACACACACACUUACAAACACACACCUGAACAUUUGGCGGUGGACAUUCCUGUUACAGAGCACAAACACAAACUCCUAUACACGUUACACAGGCAGGAUGUUACAUGCAAAAGCAUGAGUUGAACAAACAAAAAUGUAAUGAAAAAUGCCAUGACCACAUAAACUGACAUUACGAACAGACGUAGACGCACGCACCUUCUCAUACUAACUCCCCCCAUAAACACAUAGAGAUCUGAGGCUGCUCCCCUGACUCUUCUCCCCCACUGCGAACAACCCAGUUAGUUUACAACCGCAGUUGGUGGCAGAAGUGGGAUCCAGAAGGUUAGCUGAAUUACUGAAUCUUUUUGUUUUCAAUUGUUUUGUGAGGGUGAGUUGAGCAAGAGUGUUUUUUUGGGAGAACCCUAAAGAGCGUUACAUACACCAGCACAUAGUCAACGGAAAUCUGUCAUCCUAUUGAGCGAACACACACUACAAAACUGUAUAUUGGAGAAUGAGAUUGAUGCGUGGUCGUCGUUGUAGAUCAACCACUGAAGACGUAGCCAGGCUUGAUUUACUGGUGGUGAAAUGAAAUGUUUUGCAUGUGAUUUUCUCCAUGACUGGGAGAGGGGUACGCACACAGAGGACUAGAUAGACUGCCCACCAGCUCCAUGUAGCACAGGACAGACAGAGUACACUGUCACAGGGACUAUUAAGUGCAGAUUGGGGCCAGUUCCAUUUUCUACCUCAGUUAAUUCUGGAAAUGGGAUGAUUUGAAAAUCAUAAAAUAAAAAUCGUCAUCACAUUCAUUUGCAUUAAAUUCAUGAAUUGUCUGGAAUCAAAAUGGAACUUACCCCUCAACACUGAUAAGGAGCCCCUAAACACUGGAUCUAUGGUCUGACUUCCCUUCCCCCAACUCUUAAUUGAAGAUGUUAGAAAAUAUUACAGAUUAUUAGAAUUACAAAACUGACCUAGGACCAUUGCCUAAGGGCACCUUGUAUAGUAACAGCACUACACGAUACCCUCUCAAGAGAAUGCAUCUAGAAACACAUAAGCGUAGGUCAAGCACAAUUGACCCGAAAUCGAGCACUACAGUCACUCGGUUUUCAAUUUCAUGUUUUUAGGGGCUUGUUUUUAUUAGCUUUUUUGAGCUUUUUACAAGAACAAUAGUCAAACGGUGACUCUUCUUAUGAGACACCGUUUCUUUUUCUUAAUUUGAAAGUUCUCGGGAAGAAAGUUGGCUCCGUCUAGGAACAGUGAGGAAGCUGUCACUACACCUACAAGAAUAAUAUACCUCAAAACAGAACUUCUCACUGCCAUAGAAUAAACUACUUUGAGUCAUACAUAUCAGCCAGCAUCCUUGUGGUUUCAAGUGAGCCUUGACUUACAAGCUUUGAUCCCUCCAUAGGACGUAGAUAUAGUCAAGUAAAUUGUUUGUAAAUAAUAAUUUUAGAAGCGUUCAUGCAUACUAGUCUCUGGCUGAUAGGAAAACCCUAGGGGCUGAAAUAACUGUCAACUUUCUCAACUUAAACAUUUUGGUAAGCUAUUGUGUACAACAGAUUGGUUUGUGCAGAACAUGCAACGUAAAAAAUUAAGUUUUAACAAAGAACAUGCGUGCUAACGCUUCUGUGGAUUUGGCUAAAUGUGGUUAAUCAGCCCAAUGUUUUGGCCGAUGACGAAUUACUGUUUAUUCUUCUCAAGUGAGCUAAACUUCAUAAACAUGUUGUACAAAUAAAAUGCAAAACAAUACUUUCUUUUUUUACAGUGUGUUUGAUAGAAUGUUACCGUUUCAUUCCUCAAAAGGAAAACUUCUCCAGGGAUAUAUGUGGCCUAGAGCUUCUCUCUUGAGCUGUUGGUUAAUUGCGGUAAAUCUUCUACCACUCAGCCUUAAAAAAAGACCUAUCCACUACGUAUCAACUCUGGGGCAUCCGCCAUCAACCAAAAACCAUUCGCAGUAAUCAUCCAAAGCACAAGCCACCCUACUUUGUGCCACUUAGUGACUAGCCAUUAGUGUUGAGGCCCAUAACCCAUAUGUAGAAGGCUUCUAUGUCAAACAGUUGACUCUCAAACAUAACUCAGGGAAGCAGCCUUGAUCUCAUACCCACUCCCAAGGCAUGUGACAUAUCCAUCCUAGCUACAGAUCUGCCUAAAAUGUGUAUUGAUGACAAACAAAAAAAUAAAUGUUAAACUAUUAAAAAAUGUGGUGUACCAUGAA